UGCCUUCAUUGUCACUUGAACAACUAUUGGAAUGUUGCGUAUCAAAUUUCUAGGUUAAACUGAUGUCAGAAUGCCGCCGACUAAUCGGCAAACGUUACAGUCCUCGAAUCGGGCGGAGCAGAUGCGCCAGCUGGAGCAGCUGCAGCGCCAACAGCGGGAGCAGGAGCAGCAGCAACGACCACCGCCGCAGAUAGUAUUCGCACGUGGCAAUCCGCCGGAUAAUUUACGUGGCGAUGGCAAUCGGGUCGUGGUCGUAAUACCGGAAACACUAUAUCAAAGAUUCAUACGUCUCGUAUAUUUGUGGGCACUCUUAUUCAUAAUCAUCUGCUGCACCACCUGGCUGGUCAUAUCGGGCUUGCGAAUCAAUCUGCGCGAUAAGGUGCCCGUGCCGUUCUAUGUGUGGUUCAUCUUGGCCAUGAUCGCGCUGAUGGUACUGCAGUGCUGUCCGAAGACGCAGCGCAUCUAUCCGCUCAACUGGAUACUCGUCUUUCUGGUUGUCCUCACGGUAACAUUGGGCGGUGCGUAUAGCAUGGAUCUGUUCGGCUGGAAAAUCCUGCUGACCGGCAUGGCCAUAUCGUUCGUUUUGGUUGCACUGUUUCACGUAAUGGGCGCAGUCUGUCCGCAGGCCUGGCUGCCGGGCGGCCUGCUCACUGGCUGCGUCACGCUCCUCCUUGUAGUCGCCAUGAUGGUGUUCUUCUUCCUGAUGAUCUUCAUGCGGGAUCCGGUAUAUUGCCUAGUCUUCUUUGUCCUCCUGCUUGCGAUGACGCUCUUGGCCAUGCCAUACCAUGCCCAAUUCAUACACGGACGCCUCCAAGCCAUACCUCUGUUCACAAUGGGCACCUGUGCCCUCUCCGUCUUCAUUGACUUUAUCACCUGCGCCUUGUGUAUUUCCAUUUUCUAUUUGUACUAUAUCUAUACGAAAACGGGCGAAUGGUUCAGCGUAGCUGAAGAUUAG